GAGGAACCAGUCCUGUUUCCAGAGAAGGGCGCCCCUUUAACACCUGUGGCUCAGGCGAGGCAGCUUAAAUGUUCCCGCCCUCUGAAAACUUGAUCAUACUCGUGCUGCUUCGAGCAGGGCUAACAUGGGCAUGGAGAAUGGGCAGAGGAGGCUCACGGAAAUAUGAACGUGGCGUGUCUGUUUCAGAGGGUGCUUCUCGUGGCAUCUGUCAGGCAGAUCAUAUGCCACACGCUGCCUUUCUUGACACCGGAGGAGCAGGUGGAAGGAAUUAAGAUAGGCACUCUGAGUGGCGUUUACUCCCCUCCAUACCAGCUGCUUGGUAGAGGUUAUUUGAGAGUGAACGAAGAAACGGGGGACUUGUACACGACAGAGCAGAAAAUCGACCGGGAGAGCCUGUGUCCGUCACAGGAGGAAAGGGACUGUACUAUUUCAGAUGAUGCCCUCGUAGGCCCUGAUCAGGAGAUGCUGAAGAUAAUCGUUGUCGUGGAGGACAUUAACGACAACGCUCCUUAUUUUGAAACUGAUGAAAUUUACUUAAGAAUUCCCGAGGAUGCGGCUGUCGGGAUGAGGGUCCUGUUAGACAAUGAAGCUUGGGACGAGGACACAGGCAGCAAUGGAGAGAUGAGCUACCAUUUAGAAGGAGCUGGGGGCUUCUUCAGUGUGGCCCAAGACGGGUCUGCCCUCGAGCUUGUUGUGGAAAAAGAGCUGGACCGAGAGGCUCAGGAUGAGCACCGGAUGGUUCUUGUUGCCGUGGACGGCGGCUCUGUGCCUCUGAGCGCUACGGCAUCUCUCGUCAUCACGGUGCUGGACGUUAAUGAUCAUUGCCCAGAGUUCAGCCCUGAUAGUCCUCACACAGCUGUGGUGUCAGGAGGAGCAGCUCAGGGCACAACUGUAAAGCAGGUUCAGGCCACAGAUCGUGAUCUGGGCCACAACGCUCAGAUCACAUACUCCUUCAGCCCUCAAAUUUCAGAGCGGGCCAAGGCCCUCUUCCGCCUGGACCGAGUCACAGGCAGGAUCAGCUUAGCUGUGGAUGUGAGGUUAGACACGCUGGAGGAACAUGUGUUGAAAAUUGUUGCAAAUAGCCCACAUUGCCCGCCUGUGUUAACACAGGUAACUGUAUCCAUGCAGCCGGUGGUGAGCCGGGAGCCGGACAUCGAGAUCAAAUUCAUGGCAGAGUAUAAAAACCAAACAAUAGUGUUACGAGAGAACGAGCCCCCCACUGUUUUGGCUCUUGUGGAGCUGAGAGACACCUCAAGCGUUCAAGCAGUUCUGUCCUUAGAGGCAGACAGCAUACCAUUCACUUUGAAAGAGCAAGCAGGCAACUAUUUGCUUUCAACAUCAAAGCCACUAGACUUUGAACUGUGCAGUGACUAUCGCGUUACUGUCGUUAUAAGCGAAGCCCAAGGCAAACGCGUGCAUGGAAGACAAGUGAUCAAAGUGGCGGUUGAAGAUGUGAAUGAUAAUGCCCCACAGUUCGAGCAGCCUCACUAUCAAGCGGAGAUAGAAGAGAACAAUAAACCUGGCGUGUCUUUAAUACAAGUCAGGGCAUCUGAUGCAGACAGCCAGCUCUACGGAAAAGUGUCAUACCGGCUGAUCCAGAAUCCUCCUGUCUUCAGUAUUGAUGAAGCAACAGGUGUGCUGUCUGUAUCAGAGUCUUUGGACAGAGAGCAACAGGGCACGUAUGUCCUCACAGUGCUGGCCAGGGAUCUGGGCUCCCCUUCUCUAGAGGCCAUGGUGUCUGUGUCUGUAAAUGUGCUGGACCAGAACGACAAUCAGCCUGCCUUUCUCAAGCAACACUUCGUCUUCUUCAUCUCUGAGAGCAUUCCAAGGCUAGCUCAGGUUGGGAAGAUCGAAGUGAGGGAUGCAGAUGAGGGAGACAAUGGGAAAGUCGUGGAUGUGCGGGUGCUGGACAAGCAUGUUCCCUUCGCUGUGGACCUGUCCCAGUUGACGCUGCGCUGCACUGCUGAAGUGGACCGGGAGAAGCGGGACCGCUAUGAUCUACUCUUGCUGGCUGUGGACGGUGGCAGCCCUCCACGCUCCUCCACCGCUUCGGUGACCAUUUUUGUGGAGGAUGUCAAUGACAACCAACCUCAGGUGAUCCUGCCUAGCAGCAACCUCUCUUGCCUGACCGUAUCCCCCAGUACCAGGACGGGCAGUAUUGUAACCAAGAUCUACGCUGUUGACCGUGACUCAGGCAUGAACUCAGACAUCACCUACCAGAUCACAGCCAGGCAGCCAGCCUGGCCAAGCCCGUUCCAGAUCGACCCUCAUUCUGGGAACAUCACGCUAGCAAAUCGGCUAGCAGGGGGCGCUUAUGGCAUGCACCACCUCUUCAUUGUAGUGAGGGAUGGGGGGAAGCCAGUGCCCCUUCAGGCCACAGUGUGGGUCAAUCUGCUGGUCAAUGAGACACUAGAGCAGUGCCACCUCACCAGCGUUCCUCCAUAUCCAUCCCAAACCACAGAACCCCCUGUGCUUUCGCAGCUGGAAUCCCUCAACAAGCCAGCGCAGUCUUGUACCGAACCACCUUGGCUCGUACUGCUCUGUGGUCUGGGUAUGAUGGUGUUCUCGGCUUGCAUGCUUCUAGCUGCCACUGUGAUUUUUGUGAGACAUAAAAACUUGACACGAAAACUGACAAGCAGGAGAGAGCCCCUUGAAAUGAAUCUCUUAAAAUAAAAGGAAAUUGCUCCACACAAACUUUUUGUAAAGCUAUGCUAUAAACAGGACAUCUGCAAUGUUCAUUGUACAAAUAUAAUGUGGGUUUUUGUUUUCUGUGUUAAUGAAUUUACUAUGUAAAACCUAACCUGGGCUGCUUCACAAAAGCAUUGCAGCAUAAUAAGGUGAGCAAUGUGGCAAACAUCAGGUUGAAGAAAUGUUCUCAAUAUUCCAUACUUGUGAUUUAGUUUGCAAACAAGAUGGAACGGACAAAAUACACCAGCAAAACAGCUGUUCCACAUAAAAAAAACAAAGACUCUGAGUACAAUUAUUUUUUUUAGUUCACUGAGGGUGUUUAUAUGCACUCAAUAAUCCGAUAACUGCAGAAAAUCAGUUUUUGUCAGUAAACCGAUCAACACGUGUACAUGCACUUGAGUAAUCAGAUAAUGGGGAAACUCUGGGUCUACAUGAGUCAGGCAA